CAGUGUUUUAAAAGCGGGCGACGUCGCCACAUCUCUUUUGCUUCCCCAGACGCCCUUCUUCAUCUUGUACCCGACAUGGUCGAAUCCACGCCCGAGCAGAGCAACACGCACAGUUCUCCUCCUGCCGAGGCCGAUCUCAGUCCUGCUCCCUCUCCUACUGCGGACUCGGCCGUGGGGAGCGCUGGAAGCGAAUCGUCCUAUGGGGCAUCAUUGCUUUCUGAGGUCAAAAACUACAAAUAUGAAAAUGGAAGGAGAUAUCAUUCAUACAGAGAGGGUCAAUAUGUGCUCCCAAAUGAUGAGAUGGAGCAGGACCGUGAGGACCUUCUGCAUCACAUCCGGAGCUUAUUAUUUCAGGGGAGGCUCUACCAUGCCCCUUUAAAGAAGGAUAUUUCGGCCGCUUUUGAUAUCGGUACAGGGACAGGAAUCUGGGCUAUGGAUUUCGCGGAUGAAUUCCCCAGCACCAAGGUGAUAGGGACUGAUCUGAGCCCUAUUCAACCAGUGUGGAUACCUCCAAAUAUCGAGUUCUUUGUCGAUGAUGCCGAGUCGGACUGGACCUUCAAGAAGGGAUCUUUCGAUUUUGUUCGUGCCUGCGACCUUGGCGGUGCUAUUGCUGACUGGGCCAAACUUCUCCAGCAGACAUACGAGCAUCUGAAGCCUGGCGGCUGGAUCGAGCUCUUGGACUUUGCAAUGGAUCUUCAUUCUGAAAAUGGAAGUCCGGAGCAACAGGCACCACACGCAAUGGAAUUCUUCAGGCACUUGAAAGAGGCCAGCUCCAAGUUUAACCGCCCAAUGGAUGUGGCAGGGAAUCACAUAAACAGGCUUAAAACUGCUGGCUUUAUUGAUGUGGAGGAAAGGAUCUACAGGUUUCCUGACAACCCGUGGCCGACGGAUCCUAUUCUGAGGGAGGCGGGGCGAUAUAACCAAGAGGCGACUUCCAUGGGGCUUGAUUCCUAUGGCACAGCUCUAUUCUCCCGAGUGCUUGGAUGGAACCAGGCAGAGAUCACCGUCUUUCUGGCUGCCGUUCGCAAAGAGAUUCAGGACGUUCGUUUUCAUCUCUACGUGAAUGCCCAUGUUGUUUGGGGUAGGAGGCCAGAAGCCACAGGACUAUAGAUUACUACAUUUACUCCCUCUAUCACGAGUACAAAUGAUUCGUUUCUGGGCCUGUGGCGCUCGGAUUGUUUUAAUUGCCAGGCACCACUCAUAACUUAUUUAUCCUACUUCACUAUGGGACGGC